GAGUGGGAAAAAAUAGUGUUUUAGUCAAUAUAAAAAUAUUUGAAUCUCAUCCAUUACUAACACAAAUAUAUAAUUACCGCAGAUUUGAAAAAGCAGUGACUCAAGAUGUUAUUUACACGAGAUAUAGCCGUCGUUGACCACAGUGACUGUGCGGGUCUGAUUAUAUGGGUCGUUAAUAGUGAUUGGUGCGGCGAAGAUAGAUCAGCCUAUCAGCGUGCGUUAAACACCUUGGAAAUAUAUCGCUCAUAAUUGCAGGGCAAAGUAGGACUAGAAAUGACAGCAGAAGCCCAGAAAGUGUCAGCAGAGUGGAAGAAACGAGUAAAGUCUGAAUAUAUGAGAAUAAGACAACUAAAAAGAUUUAAACGUCAUGAUGAGGUGAAAGCUGCCUACGUGUCCAACAGACAAUUCAUCAAUGAAACCACAGCACUAGUGAAGAAAUGGCACCUAGAGAAAAAAGCAGAGGCUGUCUUUCCAACAGAAGUUCCAGCUCACUUUCCUCUCAUGAAGAAGGCAGAAAUUGAAGUUUCUGAUGGUACAACACAGAGCAAGCCUAUCAGGAUAAUGUAUAGUGUAAACUCUAUCCCUACUAUGUACACAUGGGCACCAAUACAACAGAACUUUAUGGUUGAAGAUGAAACAGUACUACAUAAUAUUCCAUAUAUGGGAGAUGAAGUUCUGGAUCAAGAUGGUACUUUCAUUGAAGAACUACUUAAGAAUUAUGAUGGCAAAGUUCAUGGAGAUAGGGAAUGUGGAUUUAUAAAUGAUGAAAUUUUUGUAGAACUGGUUGAGGCAUUACAAUUCUAUCAAGACACAGAAGAUACAGAAACUGUUGCUGAUAAGAGAGAUAAACUUGAGAAGGACAAGUUACUUCUUCCCAACAAAAUUUUGCCUCAAAAAUCAAUUUCAAGAAGCAGUUCUAUAGAUGCAGAGAAUUCAGAUCAAAAUGAAAAAAAAUCUAUAGCUGAAAUUCCAGAUAUCAUAUUUGCAGGGAUAUCAGCUGUUUUUCCAGAUAAAGGACCUCCAAAUGAACUUCGGGAAAAGUAUAGAGACUUGAAAGAGAAAAAAGACCCCAACAUUCUUCCACCAGAAUGCACAGCCAACAUUGAUGGCCCUUAUGCACAAUCAGUUAUGAGGGAACAGAGUAUGCAUUCUUUCAAUACUCUGUUUUGUCGCAGAUGUUUCAAAUAUGACUGCUUCUUACAUCCCACUAAGGGAGGGGAUUUCCCCCCAGCAUUCCAUCCUACUCCAAGCCAGUUCAAAAAAAAGAAUUGUGAUAUGAAACCAAGUACAGAACCUUGUGGUCCUAACUGUUAUUUACAUCUUGAAUCGGUGAAGGAAAAGAGACGACAGCAAGAAAUAAAAAAACAAGAAGAAGAAUUUGCUGAAAGAGGAAAACUAAGAAAACAGAAUUCUGUUGAUAGUGGAAAUGAAGCCAGCAGUGAAGAUAGCAAUGACAGCAUGAAGUCUGCAAAAGCUGAACUAGUGGAAAAGGUAGAGCCAGAAGAUACGUGUAGGCAGGGGAGACAGACUAAGUCAGAGAAAUCGGGGUUAAGAGAUGAAAACAAGCCAUUUUCUUCUUCCUUGUUCAAGCAAUCAUGUGUCCCCUAUGAUAAUGAGACUACCCUUUCCUCUUUGUCCUGUGAGGAUGGUAGUACCAUACUUGAGGGUGACCCUGAAGGAACUGAAGAGUUGGCCUUUUCAAACCCACCCAAUCUGUGUUCCAAUUUCUCUGUGGUGUCUCAAAGCCUCUGGCAAGUUACUGGUAAUAAUAAUCUAACAGCCCCGUCUGAGACAGGUGAAUCACGGUCAUCCCACCAAUACUUUCUUCCUAACAAUCAUGAUUACUGUAUGCCUCCUCUCACUCUCAUGGAUGGAAUGGGAGGUCUUAAUUCCUCUUGCUCAUCUGGAUGUCAAGAGUUCCUGGAAAAAAAAUCCACAUCAGUACAGACCGAUUUUCCUGAUGGUAGUGAAUAUGGUGAGGAAUCAGAAAUUCCUCUAGUGGCAGAAAAAUCUACAAGCACAUCACCUUGUGAGUUAGACUUUUUUUCUGCUUGUGAGUUAUCUGACUCCAUGCUUGAUACUAAUCCCUCUGACUGCUUCUCUUCUAACAUUGCUGUCUCUGACUUAACACUUUCCAACACAUCCAAAGAAAAUCCAUUCCUCCUUCCUCUGUCUAAUAAAGCAUGGUACCUUUCAGAAGGAUAUGGAAAUACUCCUGUAGUGCCACAGAACCCUUCAGAUUUAGAAGUGGAAUGGACUGGAGCUGAACAGUCACUGUUCCGUGUAAUCUGGCGUAUUUUCUACAAUAAUUACUGUGCCAUUGCUCGGAUGAUUAUGUCCAAGUCUUGUGCUCAGGUCUACACAUUUGCUCAGAAAGAACUAGCAGAUUAUCCCCUAGAAGAAAAUGUUCAUGAUAACACCCCACCCAGGAAGAAGAAAAAAAAGCAUCGUCAGUGGUACAUGCAUUGUAGGAAGACACAGUUGAAGAAAGACUCCUCGUCCAAUCAUGUCUACAACUACACUCCAUGUGAUCAUCCAGGACAACCAUGUGACCAAUCAUGUCCCUGUGUUAUUGCACAGAAUUUUUGUGAAAAAUUUUGUCAUUGCAAAUCAGAUUGUCAGCAGCGGUUCCCGGGAUGUCGCUGUAAAGCACAGUGUAACACUAAACAGUGUCCUUGUUAUGCUGCAGUUCGUGAGUGUGACCCCGAUCUAUGUCAAACUUGUGGUUCAGAUCAGUAUGAUGUGAAAAACAUAUCUUGUAAGAAUGUGAGUGUACAAAGAGGACUACGAAAACAUCUUUUAUUGGCUCCAUCUGAUGUAGCUGGUUGGGGAAUUUUCUUAAAGGACACAGCCCAGAAGAAUGAAUUCAUCUCUGAGUAUUGUGGAGAGAUAAUUUCUCAAGAUGAAGCUGACCGACGUGGAAAAGUGUAUGACAAAUAUAUGUGCAGUUUUCUCUUCAACCUGAACAAUGAUUUCGUAGUUGAUGCCACAAGAAAGGGAAACAAGAUUAGGUUUGCUAAUCAUUCAGUUAAUCCUAACUGUUAUGCUAAAGUGAUGAGGGUUAAUGGAGAUCAUCGUAUUGGAAUUUUUGCCAAGCGCCCUAUUCAGUCUGGAGAAGAACUUUUCUUUGAUUACAGAUAUGGCCCUACAGAACAGUUGAAGUUUGUGGGAAUUGAGCGUGAACUGGAGUUUUUAUGAAUUCAAGACUUUAAGGAAGUACAAUUGUAAUUUUUUAAAGUUUUUAUUUUCAUGGUUUGCACAUAGUUGUGACGUAAAUCUGUCACAAAUUGUACUAAGUUUUUAAAGUUGAUUUUAUUAUACAAAUUAUAUAUAUUUGUUGUUUCCUGGCCAACUGGUCAAGGUAAUGUAGUAGUUAAGGUUACUGUUAGUCACGACCACAUAUAAGAACAGAGAUUGUACAAGAUAUGUGUAAGGUAUCAUGUAAUUGUGUUUUGAAUGUGAAUACAAAGAAUCAAUGUUGGAUUGUGUAAUUCAUUAAAUAUUUUUUGUACAUUGUUUUAGUUAGUCUUUGAAGGAUGUUUGUUGUAAAUGCAGAGUUUUCAUAUUCAUUCCCCGAUAUGAAUGUAUUAUGAUAAGGAACUGUUUUUGUUUGAAAUUAAAAGAACUUAAAGCACUGCAUGUUGAAUGUAUAUGUACAUACACAGACAAUAAAAGCACAUUUCUUU